GAAAAAAAAUUAAAAUGUCAGAUUGUCCUACUUGCCAGUUGUCAAAUUUUGUAAAAAUAAUGCUUCAUGCUUGUUUUCUCCACACAAAACUAAGUUUUUAGUUAAUUUCCAAUUAUAAAAUACAUUAAUUGAAGGUACAGAAGCUCAUGGACAGUUCAAUAUUUAAAUAGGUAUAUUUAAAUCAAACAUAACAAAGCCGCUUGGUGGCCAUUCUGUGAUAUUACGGCAAAGAAACAUUAAACAUUAUCAGUGAUGUCGAUGCCACACAGCAGUUCGAGUACCAGUUCAGGCACGAAACGUAAAGAAAUAUACAAAUACCAAGCGCCAUGGCCAUUAUACUCAAUGAAUUGGUCUGUCAGACCUGACAAGAGAUUCAGGUUAGCCCUGGGCAGUUUUGUUGAGGAAUACAACAAUAAAGUACAAAUAAUUUCCCUUGAUGAAGACACAAGUGAGUUCACUGCAAAAAGUACCUUUGAUCACCCGUACCCGACCACCAAGAUUAUGUGGAUACCUGAUAGCAAGGGGGUGUAUCCAGACUUGUUGGCAACUAGCGGUGAUUAUCUACGCAUAUGGCGUGCCGGAGAGCCGUACACAUUAUUCGAAUGUGUCCUAAAUAAUAAUAAGAAUUCUGACUUCUGUGCUCCUCUUACAUCCUUUGAUUGGAACGAAGUGGAUCCUAACCUCAUUGGCACCAGUAGUAUUGACACGACCUGCACCAUCUGGGGCUUGGAGACUGGACAGGUCUUGGGCAGGGUCAAUGAAGUGUCUGGGCACGUGAAGACUCAGUUGAUCGCUCAUGAUAAGGAAGUGUACGACAUAGCGUUCAGUAGGGCCGGCGGGGGGCGAGAUAUGUUCGCUUCCGUGGGCGCCGACGGAUCCGUCCGGAUGUUCGACCUCAGGCAUCUAGAACAUUCCACCAUCAUUUAUGAGGACCCUCAGCACACCCCGCUGCUCCGCCUGGCCUGGAACAAGCAGGACCCGAACUACCUGGCCACCAUCGCCAUGGACGCGUGCGAGGUGAUCAUACUGGACGUGCGCGUGCCCUGCACCCCGGUGGCCAGGCUCAACAACCACAGGGCGUGCGUCAACGGCAUCGCCUGGGCGCCGCACAGUUCUUGUCACAUCUGCACCGCCGGAGACGACCACCAGGCCCUCAUCUGGGACAUACAGCAGAUGCCGCGCGCCAUAGAGGACCCGAUCCUCGCCUACACCGCCGCCGAGGGAGAGGUCAACCAGAUCCAGUGGGGCGCCACACAACCCGACUGGAUCGCCAUCUGCUACAACCGGCACGCCGAGAUACUGCGCGUCUGAAUAUAUCCUGAUUGUACAAUCCGGUGUGCAGUCGUGUGGACUGUAACCCCUGAAGCCGGCGUGUAGUUUGACGGUAGACGACAGUCGGUUAAACAAUAUACAUAUAGUCCUUAGAAUCGGACGGUCGCAACAGAUGAUCCUUCGAGCUUGAUUGUUGGAACGGGUAUUUUAGUUGCAACAUUUCAAUUAUUUUAUAACUAAGAAUUCUAGAAAUAGUUCCUGUUUUUAUUCAACUUUAAUUAAUUGUGCUCCUUGUGCGUUUUAAGGUUGAGAGAAAUUUAGCAAUUAAACAAAAAUUAAAGGAAUUUAAAUAACACACUGAAUACAAAACCUUGAAUACAAAAAAAUUAUUGGUGAACGUUGACAAACUUGUAUGAUUUAAAUUGAAUGAAUGAUAUUAUAAUAAUUUCAAAAUUUCCACAAACAUUUCUCGAACAGAGUCCCCCUAACUCGAAGGUGCAUUCUUUACACUAAUCUAUUAUUUAUAAAUGGUAAUAAAAGUAAACGUGUCGUGCUCGCGGCUGACAAUAUCUUGUCAAUCGCCAAGAUAAUGUUGAGCUUGACUCCGAUACUUAGGUAUACACAUUGCACUAGACCCCGCACACAACUUCAUUACAUACAGAUGACUUUUUGGCGGGAACGCGAGGAGUGAAAUUGUGUGAUUUGUUUUGUUUUGUCUUUUUAGUGUUUCUUCAGAUUUAAAAUGUGUAAUAACUGCGGUUUGUUAACCGUUAAAUAUUUGUGAAAGUGCACAAAUAUAGGAAAAUGAAGAAAUUCAAAUUUAUUCAGAUUGCAGUACGAGCGAGAUGAUCGUUAUACAAUACAACUGAUACAACUGAUACUUCGACUUCGUGGUUUAGGACGGGUGACGCUAAUCACGACGUGAUGUCUAUGGGCUUUUAUUGCCUUUGUAGGCAGACGAGCAUACGGCCCACCUGAUGGUAAGUCCUUACCGUCACUCAUUGACGUCAGCAAUGCCAGGGGCAGAGCCAAGCCGCUGCCUACCGUUAAGUACUCUCCACAAGCCUCGUUUGAAGAAGGACAUGUAGCGCUCGGGAAAUACCGUGGAGGGGAGCCCAAUCCAUAGUCGGAUGGUACGUGGCAAAAAUAAUGUCUGGAAAAGCGCACUGUGGGUGACCGCAGUGGCUCCAGGUAGUAUGGAUGAACUCUACUCCGGUGGCGGGCGGGCGAUGGUAAAAAAGAGAUGUUGGUAUCAUCUCAAACAAUUUCUCAGAGCACUCCCCAUGGAAUAUAAGGUACAUACUCUGAUAACUACGCCGUGGGUGGCGCUGAGACGUGGGUCCGUCACUCCUACGCAAUAAAAAACGUUUUUUUUACUUACAAAGGCUGCUACAGCACAGUGACUUAUUUGGCAUGAUAAUAAAAAAAAAGACUGAAAUUAACUGUUUGUAUUUUUCCUGUAUUCCAAUAUUAUAAAAUUAAGGAAUUUUGGAGUAAAAUUUUUCAAACAAAAAAUAUUAGUUUAUUGUUUGUGGUCUUAGUGGGAUUUGGUUAAAAAUGUAAUCGAAAAAAUAUCGCAUUUCUUUCAAAUUCGAAAAUUGUAAAGCUAACGAUUACAUUAGUAAACUCAUUACAAGUAACUCGUAACAAACAAGAUCUGCAUUUAAUACAAAAUUCAUCUUUGUGUGUUGUGUACAAAAAAUAAAUCGCUAAUAUAAAAUAAUAUGUACUUUACGCAUCUGUUUGCUUCAUUUUAUUCCUUUUCAUUUAUCUAAGUCUGUAAAGAUAUUUUUCUUUGUGUGUUGUCCUCCAUUAUAUUAUAUACGAUCGCCGUAAAAACUAUGUGUGUACUUAGUGCGAGUUUUUUAACGUUUUCAAUCGCGUAAAAGUUAACUCCAAUUUGUAUGGAGUUGGAACAGCGCCCCUAGUGGCAAACAAAGGGAAGUUUUGUCCAACUCCAUACAAUUUUCAUUUAACUUGACUUGUAAUGACGUUUGCGACAUAGCGGCAACCUUCAGCCUUCGACAGAGGGCGCGCGUGGAGCUUCAACACUUAGGUAUAUUUUAUGCAUUUACCGGUGGUCACAACAAUAUGAUAGAAAAAUUUUCGCAUUUCAGACAAGCAAAUUUGUUGUUAAUUUCGUUAUAACAAUGGAGCCUUAGUCGGCAUUUGAUAGUAAUGACGAAACCAAGCCAGUAUUUGUAAUUAAAAUAACAAAGAACCACUAGUUUAUCUGUAUUCAUCAAAUCAAUAUUAUAAAAAUGUUGACUUGUCAACUUAUUAUAACUUAUGACUUAUUCUGUAAAAUAUAAGGACUAGAUUAAAUUAUUAAUUUAUAUAAAUACAUAAUUACUAUACAAAUAGUUUUGUUUUCUGAUUAGUAAAUAUAAAUGGUAAAAUAAGAUAA